GCCUCCCUGGGCGAAGAUGUCGUUGCAUUCUUGUGAAGCAAUGCCACAACCAAAGAGGGUUCUAAUGAUCAUUAUUGCCACUCGGACAUAUCUUAUAAAGCUCAACAAAUGCUUCUUCAAUAUCUAUUCGGCGAGAUGAAUGGACUCUUCCUAGGCAAGAAAACGCACGACUUGCCCAAAAUGACUGCCGACUCCCCUCGCAGGUAUGAACGGCUAGUUAAUCCAUCCGCCGACCAAGGAGCUAACCAUGAUGAUGGCCAUGACAGCACACAGACUACCAUCAGCAUUUCAAUCCAGAUCCCAUCUCAGAAGUGCUCGCUUUCUUGCAAACAGCCAUUUCAAAUUGGAGUCUCUCUCACCAGCCACUCGGAAGAUCAGAUGUUCACUCGUCAUCCAAUUAAGCUCCAUCUCAUGUCCAAAGCACACACAAGAGGGCCGGCAUUUCAGUUUCUCGACGCAAGCACGAAUGCGGUGAUGGCGACGUACCGGCUGGAGUUGUGCCACGGCCCUGAAGUGAUGACCAUGUUGUUUAAAGCCAAAAUAACUGAUCCAUUCCGGCCGUCACGUGCUUCGAUGGCAAAAGAAUAUGCGUUGAAGUUUUAUCUCAACGAAAAAGGCGACACGGCCGAGGAAUGGUGUAAAGACUUGAUGGGCAAAUUAGUCAACGGCAGGCGAUACAAGAUUCGAAUUGUGGACAAUGCAGGGGAACGAAUGGGUUUUCAGAAAAUGAAAUUCAGGGUCUGGUAUUGUGGUGGUGCAGAUAUGUUUGGUGUCACAGAUUGAAGGCGAGGGCAAGGCGCUGACAUGGGGUUGGGUGGAUAUGUAUUGGGCAUUG